GUCUUUGCCGAGCUUCGGCGGAAAUAUUGGAUUCUUUGAGGCAGAGAGGCCAUCAAACGGUGUCAGAGUACUUGUGUGGACUGCCAGAAAUGGAGAAGAAACCCUGAGGUACGAAAAAUGGCAGACCUCCCUCCAGCCAGAUUACGUUUAUUCAAGCCCGCCUUCUACUCAACAGGAAUGGAUUGCUUCGGUCCAUAUACUGUUAAAGUAGGUCGCAGAAACGAGAAGAAAUGGGGCAUCCUGUUCAAAUGUCUAACUACCCGGGCAGUUUACAUUGACGUCCUUCAUAGCCUCGAGCAGCUGGCAAGCCAGCAAAUACAAUUCCACUUCAAUCCCCCUAAUUCUCCACACUUUGGUGGCAGCUGGGAAAGAAAGAUUCGCUCCCUUGAACAGGCCUUGAUGACAACACUUGGUGCCCAGUCUGUCACCUUCGAAAGUACUGUACACUGUACUGGUGGAGAUCGAAAUUCCAAGCCACUAGGCUACAUUUCAUCUGACAUAUCUGAUCUAGACCCCAUCACACCAAGUUCCCUUCUCAUGGGGCGGCCAGAUUCAUCACUUCCUCCUGUGAUAUACCCAGAAUCUGAACUGAUCAGUCGACGCAGAUGGCGCCAUAGUCAAGUCCUUGCCGACCAAUUCUGGAAGCGCUUCCUCAGGUUCUACCUUCCCAGCCUUCAGACCCGCCAGAAGUGGCAAGAUGAGAAAUCUGACCUCCAGGGUGACACCAUCGUCCUGAUCGUCGACCCCCAGCUACCCAGAGCACUGUGGCCGGUGGGCCAGGUGUCGAAGGUAUUCCCUGGAGUAGACAGCAGAGUAAGAGUAGCAGAAAUUAAGGUGGGAAAGAAGUUGUACACAUGCCCAGUCGCACGCCUCAUCCGAUUGCCUGCCAUACCAGAUUAAAGCUACUCUGAAUGGUAUAGGUUAUAGGCCCUUUUGUUAUUGUACAUAUUUCCUUCCGAAAAUAUGGGGGCGGCUGUAAAAAAGGCCACACACAGGUUAUAUUCAUGUGUCUUAGUUUCCCUUGCAAUACACUACAGUCAACUCAGACGCAGCAUCCAUCCUGUCAUGCUGCCAGCCAAUCAGCGCUCCGGGCAGGAUGCGCA